AUGGAAUACUAUAAUGAACCAAUUUUUUUUUCUUGGCUUCUUGGCUUGAUGAGCGCUUUGCCGGUUAUUAAUUCAACGCCACUUCGAGCGCCAUUAGCUCGAAAUUCGAGUUUCUUUUCGGAUUUCAACCAGCAUUCAGCUAUACCAUUUAAUCGACGAAUUCAUUCAGUGAAGCGCAAAAUGCCAAAUGAAGCGGACACUAACUUUCACAAAGAUGAUUUGAUUGGCAAAAUUACUGCUUCAAGAGUGAAAUUUUCGCUUUUAAUCUUAGCAUUUAUGUCUAUUUCAUCAAUAUUAUUCGUUUAUAUUGCUAAUCAAAAAUUUGCAAUUCAUUAUCCAUCCAUAAAUAAUAACGUAUAUAUGCUUCCACGCGAGAUUACAAGCUCAAUAUCUUAUUUAUCACUCGUUUCUUCAAUAUCAACAUUUUUCAUAUCAGCAGUACAAUUAUUCUCUGCAUUAAAUAUGCUUCGAAUCGAUCCCACAUCUGCUGAUAACAAAAAUCUUGGAGAAAGUCUUUUGUUAUCUGAUACGAGUGGUAUUAGCGAUCCACUUUGGUUUCUAACACCAAAUAACUACCUGGUAGUUGGUUGUGUACUAAAUUCAACAAUGAUUCCGAUAACAAUUAAAUCAGCUUGGAAGUUUAUUGGAAUAUCAAUUGGAUUAAUUUCAAUUUUAAUUUGCUUACUCUCUGUUGUACAUAGUGUUUACACGAUAAGUUUUCAUUCGGAAUCGAAUUUUAGUGAUAAACUUCAUCAAGGAAAUUUAUCAACUUUAGUUUGA